GAAUGGUUUACCCCAGGCACACCUGCUUUUUCAAUAUGGAACACAGAUUAUGGUAGGCUGGGUGAGCUCCAUGCCGAGAUCCAGGAUUGUCAUUCUGGCGUCAUGGGCCUCGCAGUAACCACCGCCAUGAGAAUUGCUCGCUACCAUCAUAUUCACGUCAUGGACUCAGACCACCAUCUUAUCAGGUCCGCCAGUAUGUGAAUAUCCCUGCAUCAUCAAAUUCCUAGAUAAAUAUGUCAACUCCUCUGCAAUUGACCAAUUUUUUGGUGCACAUAGCUCCCUCCCGACUUCUCACACGGCAAAUCCCAUAUCAGAUCCGCCAAAUCCACCGCAGGAAUUUCUCCAGCCUCAAUCCAACCGCUAAUAUGAAAAUCGCUAUCACCGGUGCCCGCGGCACCGUAGGACGCGCUGUUGUCAAAGAAGCCUCUCAGGCCGGCCAUUCCACAGUCCAGGUUGACCGAACCGAUACCGAGUACGAUGGAACGCCCAAUUCCGAGAUGAAGACCGCCGACACGGCCAAUGACUACGAAGCCACGCUGGAAGCCUUCAAAGGCUGUGACGCCGUUAUUCAUCUUGCCGCCAUACCAGACCCCAUAGGGAAGGACGACCAGCUGGUUCACAACAACAAUGUUACAUCGGCAUUCAAUGGCUUCUACGCCGCUGCGCAACUAGGAAUUAAACGAUUCUGCUACGCGUCGUCAGUGAAUGCGAUCGGUCUGGAAUAUGCCACGCAACCGCUUAGAUUCGAAUAUUUCCCCGUGGACGAAGAAGCACCACCCAAUCCGACAGAUUCAUACGCACUGGCCAAGCAAGAAGCUGAGACCCAAGCGAGAACAUUUGCUCGCUGGUUCCCCGGAAUGAAAAUCGCGUGUAUGCGUAUCCAUGCCGUGGCGUCCCGCGAGGAGGCACAGAAAGGACACAAGGAGAAUUGGGAUGACUCGGCCGUCAAAAGCUUGUGGGGAUGGGUGAGCCCGGAUGCGACUGCGAGAGCCUGCUUAUUGUCUGUGGAGAAGGCUGAGAAACUUAAUGGGUGCGAGAUUUUUAAUGUUGUUGCUCCGACGACGACACAGGACACGCGGUCGAUUGAGCUUGCGAAGAAGUAUUAUCCCGAUACCGAGAUUCGGCGCGAGCUCAAAGGAAAUCAGUCGUUCUUCACGGCUGAAAAGGCAAAUAGAAUCCUCGGAUGGGUUCAUGAGGAGUGA